AUGUCGCAACGGCUCGUGCUGCGGCAAUUAACACGCCAGACAUGGCAGUCUGUUAAUAGGGCCUCGCUUGCUUCUGCGGCGGCGCGCCGUAGCUUUGCCUCCAAGCCGCCGCCGUUGCCGACGGUGCCUACGUGUCCGUCGCCGACGUGCGAGUGCGCAGAGAUGCCCGCGAUGCCCGAGGGGCUCGAGAUUGAUUACAAGAGUCCAAUCAAUGGUGUUAUUGCGGGUUAUGCGGAGCAGGUGCUCAUUUGCACGGGCAAGGAAGAUUGGCCUUCCAAAAUUGAAGAGGACAACAGUGGCGACAAUUUGGCUGCUGAUCUGAAAGAGCUAUUCGGCCGAGGCGGCACAUAUGCCGAUCCAUUUCACAACGUUGCGCUCGUCAACAGCUCAUUACCCAGCUCAGUCCCGCCACGCGCAGAGGUGCAAAGCACAUCCGUGUACCUCCUCCCCAGCUUCAAAUACAUCCCAUUCCUCCCGCGCGUCUCUUUUGACCACGUUCAAGCCCUCGCCAAGGGCUACCUGCUGCCAGAGAAACUGCACUCGGCCCACGACGGUCUAUCACCUGUGCAUCGUGACAUUCUCACCCGCAACGACGCUUACCAGAGUCUACUCCACGGCGUCCAGGACGUGACCGAUACUCUGGUACUCAUCUGUGGCCAUGGCGGGCGCGACAUGCGCUGCGGAAUUCUUGGGCCGCUCUUGCGCGACGAGUUUGAGAAGCAGCUCGAGCGGAAAGGCGUCGAGGUGCUGCAGGGGCCGGUCCAAGUCCAGGCCGAUCCGGAAGCAGAGCAAAUAGAAGGUGAAGCGAGCGCACAAAAAGACACAGCGAGGGUGGGCGUGAUUAGCCACAUUGGUGGACACAAGUUUGCCGGCAACAUCAUCAUCUAUAUCCCUCCGGGAAAGAAACUGGCGAAUGGGUCGCCGCAUCCAUUCGCAGGCCACGGUUUGUGGUAUGCAAGAGCUGAGCCAAAGAACGUGGAAGGUCUCAUUGAAGAGACUAUUGUCAAGGGGAAUAUCGUGGCGGACAUGUUUAGAGGCGGCAUUGAUCCACAGAGGCGCAUCAUGAGGCUAUAG